GGUGGGACGUCCAAGCUGCUACCUUGAGAGCAAGGAGCCCUCAGAGGACAGGGCUACAGGUGAUCAGAAAAGGGAUGUGAGCUGGUGGGCCGGAAAUGCCUCCCGUAGAGGAAGGGGGUCUCAGGCCGCGAAGCAGGGCUGGCCAGGCAGACAGGGACGAAAGGCAGGACAGAUGUAGGGCCAUAUGGCAGGGGAGUUGGAGGACUGAAAGACUGCCGAGCUGAGGACCUGGGCUUGCACCAAGGUCAGGUCUGGAAGCCUGACUUCGGCCCACCGCCCGCGUGGGUAAUGGAAGUCGCAGUGGCGCGGGAAGACCACACACGCCCGCCCGCUGCUGAGCGAAACAUGAAGCCGGGACCAAUGGGAGCGCCGCCGUAGCAGCGAGGGGGCGGAGCAGAGCGGCCGCCAAUGAGUGUGCCUGUUUCAGGCAGCCAAUGGGAGGCGGUGUCCCAGCGGCGAUCAAGCGGCGGCUGCCCCUGGCGGCUGGGCUGGGCGGGGUCCCAGAUUGGAGCCGGAGUUCCCCGGAAAGGAUGGGGAAACUGAGGCCCUGCAUGGCUAAGUGACUCAUCUGAGUCAACACAGGAUUCACCCCCAGGUCUGUCUGGCCACCCCUGUCUGCCUGGUUAUUUUGGAAAGGCAAGCCAGCUGUCAAGAGCAUGCCUCUGUGCCAAUGGAGGGCCACCACCAGGGGCAGAAAGCCCGAUGGGGAUGGAGCUCAGCCCGUGGCCACCAGAGGAGGCCUGAAGGUGCUUCUGCACUGGGCCGGCCCCGGUGGCGGGGAGCCCUGGGUCACCUUCAGCGAGGCCACACUGACUGCGGAGGAGGUCUGCAUCCACAUUGCACACAAAGUCGGCAUCACUCCACCCUGCUUCAAUCUUUUUGCCCUCUUCGAUGUCCAGGCCCAGGUCUGGCUGCCUCCAAACCACGUCCUGGAUAUGUCCAGAGACUCGAGCCUGAUGCUGCACUUCCGCAUGAGGUUUUAUUUCCGGAACUGGCAUGGCAUGCAUCCCCAGGAGCCGGCUGUGUACCGCUGCGGUCCCCCAGGGUCCGAGCCUUCCUCAGAACAGGCAGAGCAGGGGGUGCAACUCCUGGACCCUGCCUCCUUUGAGUACCUCUUUGAGCAGGGCAAGCAUGAGUUUGUAAAUGACGUGGCAUCGCUGUGGGAGCUGUCAAGCCAGGAGGAGAUCCACCACUUUCAGAACGAGAGCCUGGGCAUGGCCUUUUUGCAUCUCUGCCACCUCGCUCUCUGCCAUGGUGUCCCCCUUGAGAAGGUGGCCAAGAAGAUCAGCUUCAAGGACUGCAUCCCACGCUCCUUCCGGCAGCAGAUCCGGCAGCACAAUGCUCUGACGCGGCUGCGCCUGCGGAGCAUCUUCCGCAAGUUCCUGCGGGCCUUCCAGCCGGGCUGCCUCUCGCAGCAGGUUGUCAUGGUGAAGUACCUGGCCACACUCGAGCGGCUGGCGCCCCGCUUCGGCACAGAGCGUGUGCCUGUGUGCCGCCUAGAGCUACUGGCCCAGGCCGAGGGGGAGCCCUGCUACAUCCGGGUUGGCGGACAGGCCCCUCCCGACCCGGGGCCCGAGUCUGCCGCCGGACCCCCCACCCACGAGGUGCUGGUGUCGGGCACUGACGGCAUCCGGUGGCGGCUGGUACAGGCAGAGUUCCCCGACCAGGGAUCGAACCCGUGCCCCUUGCAUUGGAAGAAUGGAGUCUUAACCACUGGACCACCAGAGAAGUCCCUGGGGGGUCCCAGUGAUGGUGGUGGUGGUGGCAGCAGAAGGAUGCCCCAUGCUGGCCCAUCUGGGAAGAAAGCCAAGGCCCAGGAGGUGGGCAACCAGCCAGUGGACAGACCUCAGGAGGCCCCAUGGGCCUACUUCUGCGACUUCCAGGACAUCACCCACGUGGUGCUGAAAGAACGCCGCGUCAGCAUUCAUUGUCAGGACAACAAGUGCCUGGAUUUGACCCUGCCUUCCCGGGCUGCGGCCCUGUCCUUGGUGUCACUGGUGGAUGGCUACUUCCGCCUGACGGCCGACUCGAGCCACUACCUAUGCCAUGAGGUGGCUCCUCCACGGCUGGUGAUGAGUAUCCAGGACGGUAUCCACGGACCCCUGCUGGAGCCAUUUGUGCUGGCCAAGCUGCAGCCCGGGGAUGGUCUCUACCUCAUCCACUGGAGCACCAGCCACCUCAACCGCCUCAUCCUCACGGUGGCCCAGCGUGACCAGGCACCCGGCGUGAAGGGCUUGCACCUACGGAAGUUCCCCAUCGAGCUGCAGGCUGGGACUGUCGCGCUGGAGGGCUGGGACCGGUCCUUCCCCAGCGUGCGCGAGCUGCGGGUUGCCCUGCAGGGCUGCUCCCUGCGGGCCGGCGACGACUGCUUUUCCCUGCGCCACUGCUGCCUGCCACGGCCGGGAGAGAUCUCCAACCUCAUCGUCACGCGGGGACCUCGGGCCAGCAGCAGGCCGCUCAACCUCAGCCAUCUCAGCUUCCACCGGGUCCGCCAGGAAGACAUCACCCAGCUGUCCCACUUGGGCCAGGGCACGAGGACCAACGUGUAUGAGGGCCUCCUGCGAGUGGGAGGCGGAGGCCCCGAGGAGGACAAGGUGGAUGGCGGGGACCCCCCCAUGCCCGGGGCGGGCUGUGAACAGGAGCUGCGAGUGGUGCUCAAGGUGCUAGAUCCCAGUCACCAUGACAUCGCCCUGGCCUUCUACGAGACAGCCAGCCUCAUGAGCCAGGUCUCCCACGUGCACCUGGUCUUCGUGCAUGGCAUCUACGUGCACGGCUCCGAGAACAUCAUGGUGACGGAGUACGUGGAGCACGGGCCCCUGGACGUGUGGCUGCGGCGGGAGCGGGGCCACGUGCCCCUGGCCUGGAAGCUGGCAGUGGCCCAGCAGCUGGCCAGCGCCCUCAGCUACCUGGAAGACAAGAGCCUGGUUCACAGCAACGUGUGUGGCCGGAACAUCCUGCUGGCACGGCUGGGGCUGGCGGAGGGCACCAGCCCCUUCAUCAAGCUGAGUGACCCCGGCGUGGGCCUGAGCGCCCUCUCCAGGGAGGAACGGGUGGAGCGGAUCCCCUGGACAGCCCCUGAGUGCCUGUCCGGUGGAGCCAACAGCCUAAGCACUGCAGCCGACAAGUGGGGCUUUGGUGCCACCCUCCUGGAGAUCUGCUUCGAUGGGGAGGCCCCCCUGCAGGGCCGCAGCCCCUCUGAGAAAGAGCGCUUCUACCAGAAGCAGCACAAGCUGCCUGAACCCUCGUGCCCAGAGCUGGCCACACUCACCAGCCAGUGCCUGACCUAUGAGCCAGCCCAGCGGCCGUCCUUCCGCACCAUCCUGCGUGACCUCACUCAGCUGCAGCCCCAAAAUCUCGUUGAUGUCUUGUCUGUGAACCCGGACUCACCGGCGUCAGAUCCUACGGUUUUCCACAAGCGCUAUUUGAAAAAGAUCCGGGAUCUGGGUGAGGGUCACUUCGGAAAGGUCAGCCUGUACUGCUACGAUCCAACCAAUGACGGCACUGGUGAGAUGGUGGCCGUGAAGGCCCUCAAGGCAGGCUGCGGUCCCCAGCUCCGUACAGGCUGGAGGCGAGAGAUCGAAAUCUUGCGCACACUCUACCACGAGCACAUUGUCAAGUACAAAGGCUGCUGCGAGGACCAAGGCGAGAAGUCGGUACAGCUGGUCAUGGAGUACGUGCCCCUGGGCAGCCUCCGAGACUACUUGCCCCGGCACAAUGUCGGGCUGGCCCAGCUGCUGCUCUUCUCCCAGCAGAUCUGCGAGGGUAUGGCCUACCUGCACGCGCAGCACUACGUGCACCGAGACCUGGCCGCACGCAACGUGCUGCUGGACAACAACAGGCUGGUCAAGAUUGGGGACUUCGGCCUCGCCAAGGCCGUGCCCGAAGGCCACGAGUACUACUGUGUGCGCGAGGAUGGGGACAGUCCCGUGUUCUGGUAUGCCCCGGAGUGCCUGAAGGAGUGUAAGUUCUACUAUGCAUCCGACGUCUGGUCCUUUGGGGUCACCAUGUAUGAGCUGCUGACCUACUGUGACUCCACCCAGAGCCCCCCCUCGAAAUUCAUCGAGCUCAUAGGCCUCACCCAGGGGCAGAUGACAGUGCUGAGGCUCACUGAGCUGCUGGAACGAGGGGAGAGGCUGCCACAGCCAGAGAAAUGUCCCUGUGAGAUCUAUUGCCUCAUGAAGAACUGCUGGAAAGCAGAGGCCUCAUUCCGCCCGACCUUCCAGAACCUCAUACCCAUCCUCAAAACGGUCCACGAGAAAUACCAAGGCCAGGCACCCUCAGUGUUCAGUGUCUGCUGAAGCCCGCCAGCAGCUCUGCUUGAGGGGAUUGGAGCAGGCGGUACGCAAAGAGAGGGCCUCCUGCUCCCCACCCUAAGAGGAGCCCAAGAGGGGGUGGUCAGCCUCACUGACUCCCUGUGCCUUACCCCUGUCUGGAGGCCCCACCCCUCUGAACUGACUUUCCUUGUCUUAGUCCGUUUGGGCUGCUAUAACAAAACGCCACAGACUGGUGGCUUAUAAACAACAGAAAUUUAUUUGUCACAGUUCUGGAGGCUGGGAAGUCAAGAUCAAGGCACCAGCAUGGUUGAAUUUUGGCAAAAGUCCUCUUACUGGUUCAUAGCCUAUGCCUUCUCACUAUGUCCCCACAAGGUCCAAGGGGGCAAGGCAUCUUUCUGGAGCCUCUUUUACAAGGGCACUAAUCACAUUCAUGAGGGCUCCACCCUCAUGACCUAUGCACCUCCUAAUACCAUCACUUUGGGUGUUAGGAUUUCAACAUAGUGAUUUUGAAGGGACAGAAACAUUCAAACCAUUGAACCUUCCAAGAUCAUGAGCCUGACACAGGCUCCUGAGGGACCCAGGACAAGCAAGGAGCUAACCAGGCCCUUGAAUCCGAUCUUUUUAUCUUCCCCCAGCUCCUGCCCUUGGAGCUCACUAUCUCCCCUAACUGGUUAAAAACUCAUAUUUCCUCUGCUAGAGGCAUGGUCCUUGGGCCCUUCUUCAGCGAGUGUCCACUCCCCGGGGGACUGCAGCUAGAGCAACUCAUUGCAGAAGAAGUCAGAUUCAACUAUUGAACCUUUGCUCACCUCUAAAUCACCAGCCAGCAAUUAGACCAAUGCCUGGAACACAGAAGGCCCUCAAGAUAUAUGUUAAAUAUAUCAACAAAGGACCUGGGGGACCACAUGCCAUGUAAAUAAGAUUGCCGGUUUCACCUUUUGCUCGCUGUGUGACCUCAGGCAAGUGGCUUCCCCUCUCUGGGCCUUAGCUCUCAACUAUGAACUUGGGAUGGUCAUGCUUGCUGCCUUGUAGGACUAAUGUCAAGAGCUAAUGAGGGCUUCCCUGGUGGCGCAAUGGUUAAGAAUCUGCAUGCCAAUGCAGGGGACACGGGUUUGAUCCCUGGCCUGGGAAGAUCACACAUACUGCAGAGCAACUAAGCCCAUGCACCACAACUACUGAGCCUUCACUCUAGAGCCUGUGUGCCACAACUACUGAAGCCCGCGCACCUAGAGCCCGUGCUCUGCAACAAGAGAAGCCACGACAAUGAGAAGGCCAUGCGCUGCAACAAAGAGUAGCCCCUGCUCGCUGCAACUAGAGAAAGCCCGCGCACAGCAACGAAGACCAACACAGCCAAAAAUAAAAACAAAUAAAUAAAUUAAUUAAAAAAAAAAAGAGCUAAUGAGGUCGUAUCUGUCAAAUGCUUAGCAGAGAGAUAUGCAAACAACUGCUCAAUAAACAUUUGAUAUUAUUGUUAAUCUGGUGUUUGCCAACGUGUUUCUGCUUAACAGGUAUACUUGAGAUGGGUCUGCCACAUUGUGAAAGGCAGUUAGAUUUCUUUCCCAUGGGAUUUUCUAAGACCCUGUGCAUUGCAGCUCUCCUGA